AUGGGUGUCUGGACCUUGGGCACUGCUGUCUUCCUAAGUCUUUGGGGGACGUAUGUGUCUCCAAGAAGCCCCGGCUGGCAGGCCUUUAUCCAGCAUGCGGGAGUGUGCGGCUUUGUGGCUUUCAUCUCGGUGGGCCUGCUCUCUCUGGCCUUCUCCUGGUCUCUGUCCUCCCUGCUAGUCUUCAGCGCUGGCUGGGCGGUCACUGCUCUGCUGCUGUGCAGCUCCAAGCACGCACGAUGCUUUGUUCUUCUCUUCUUCAUCUCCUGUGGCCUGCGGGAAGGCAGGAGCGCCUUGCUUGCAGCCGGCACGGGGAUAGUCAUCUUCGGACAUGUGGAAAAUACAUUUCAUAACUUCAAAGGUCUCCUGGACGGUAUGACUUGCAACCUGAGGGCAAAGAGCUUUUCCAUACAUUUUCCCCUUUUGAAAAGGUACAUUGAAGCAAUUCAGUGGAUUUACGGCCUUGACACUCACCUGAGUCUAUUUGAUGACCUGAUUUCUUGGAACCAGACUCUGGCGGUCUCGCUCUUCAGCCCCACUCAAGCCCUGGAGGCACAGCUAAAUGACACCAAAGGCCAAGCCCUGGGUGCCUUGUACCAGAUGGUGACGGCCACCGAGGUACUGUCCUCGCUGGGUCGGCAGCUACUCGCCCUAACGGGGCUUCUGCUGGUGCUGCUCGGCACCGGCCUCUUCAUGAAGCGAUUUUUGGACCCCUGCGGUCGGCAGUUCGAAAACAUCUUCAUCACCAAACAGUUUGUUUUGUUUGAUGAGACGGAGAGGCGUCUGCAGAGGCCCUGCGUCCUCCCGCUGAGUAAGAAGGAAAGGAAGAAAUACGUCGUCAUCCCAUCUUUCUGGUUGUCUCCAAAAGAAAGGAAAAAUCUGGGGCUGUUUUUCCUCCCCAUACUUACCCACCUCUAUGUCUGGGUGCUGUUUGCAGCCAUAGAUUAUCUGCUGUAUCGGCUCAUUUUCUCAGUGAGCGAACAUUUCCAAAGCUUGCCAGGGCUGGAGGUUCACCUGAAACUGCACAGAGAGGAGCAAGGAACUCAAGACAUCAUCCAUGAUUCUUCCUUUCACAUAUCUCUGUUCGAACCCACCUGCAUCCCUGAGCCAAAGCUUCUCUUUUCUAAGACCUGGAUUCCUCUCAGCAUUAUUCUUGUGGUACUGGUGGUGCUGGCCUUGCUCUCCUCCAUCCUGACACAACUCAAAAUCCUGGUGUCGGCAUCCUUCUACCCCAGCGUGCAUGAGGAGCGCGUCCGAUAUCUGCACGGGAAGCUACUGAAGAAAAGAUCAAAGCAGGCGGGGGGAGGAGGAAGCAGGAAACAGCGUCUCUACUUUACAAAGAUUCACUUCUGGCUUCCAGUCCUGGAAAUGAUUAGGAAGAGACGAAGGGGCAUUGCAGUUGAAGACAAUCCCUGA